UUUAAUUUCCGUCCUUCCAUCUAGUACUUUGCCUUCUAGCUCUCCGAUCCCCAAAACACCAAACACAGCCUAACAAAACGACAGUGCGGGAGGAGACCAUCAUCAUGGGCAACUCCCAGUCCCAGUCGCCUUCCUCCGAUCCCCGAUUCGUUUCUGCCUCCAGAGCUUUCACUCAGAAGGAGCUUGAAGAUCUGAAUGCCUUGUUCGCGUCCCUGGCUGCUCAAUCCCAAAGCAACGGCCGUUUCAUCUCUCCCUCAGUGUUCAAGGCGUAUUUCGGAAUCCAUGGCUCCCUGGGUGACCGAAUUUUCGAUUUGGUUACGCAGCAACGCAAGGAUCAGAAACUCACCUUCCAGGAUCUUGUAAUCGCUAAAGGCACUUACGAGAAAGGAACAAAGGAUGAGAUUGAAGAGUUUAUUUAUCAGUUAAUAGAUGUGACUGGGGAUGGCAUCUUGGGGAGGUCUGAUGUGGAAGCUGUAUUAGUUGUGAUGCUUGAUGAUAUACGCUAUCAACAAAGCUCUGGAACUCAAUCAAAAUCCCCUCAGGAUGGUCUUUUUGUUUUUCUUAAUGCUGCAAAUUUUUCGAAGACUAGAGAAGGAUGUGAUGAAAGCAUGUCGUUUGAGGAUUUCAGAAAGUGGUGUGCCCUUCUCCCUUCUGUGAGGAGGUAUCUUGGAAGCUUGUUGUCACCAUCUGAUUCAGGAAGACCAGGUUCUCAAGUUCCUCGUCUACUACACAUGCAACAUGUUGAUUCUGAUUCCCUGUUGUUGAAGAAGGAAUAUGCAUGGCUUAUUGGUGGAGCCCUUACCCACCCGGAGCUAAAUGAGUGGAAACUUUUGUAUCACAGCACUUAUAAUGGACUAAGUUUCAGUACAUUCUUGGGCAACAUAUUAAAUGAUAAAGGUCCAACUGUGUUGAUUGUCAAGGAUAAAGAAGGUUAUGUAUAUGGAGGUUGUGCUUCUCAGCCCUGGGAGAGACAUGCUGAUUUCUAUGGAGAUAUGAAGUCUUUUCUUUUUCAGCUAUAUCCAACAGCAUCCAUUUUCAGGCCCACUGGAGCCAACAACAACUUACAAUGGUGUGCCGUGAAUUUUAGUUCAGAGAACAUUCCAAAUGGCAUAGGUUUUGGAGGGCAGGUGACUCACUUCGGCUUGUUUCUUUCAUCGAAUUUCGAUCAGGGGCACACAUUUGCCUGCACUACUUUUGGCAGCCCUUGCCUGUCGAAGACCAGUAUAAUAUACCCAGACGUCAUAGAAUGUUGGGGAGUUGUGACAAAAGGAACCCAACAAGAAAGGCAAGGGGCUCCUAAAGGCACUGUUUUGGAGAGAUUCAAGGAGGACCGCCACAUGCUUAACAUGGUUGGCCUUGCAAAUUCCAGUGAGUAACCUGCAAUCGCCCGACACCCAAAGGUGUUAAGAUGCAUCUUCGCUUGCACUUUAUGAACGCGGGAAGAGAACACUAUAUCAUUAGAGCAUACAGUGUGAAUACUUAGUAGAUGUGGCACGUAAAGUUUAUGAAGAUGUGUUUCUGAAAACCAUGAGUGAAAUGUGUUGACAUACUUAUAAUGUUUAUAUUUUUCUAAAGGUUAGAUCUGUAUGUUUGCUAAUUUAA